AUGAGCACUCGAGCAAAUCAAACACUGCAAGAACUAGAGUCGUACUUUCAGCGAGAUUCUAGAUUCAAGGUCGAGAAGUUUAUUGGCGCUGGCAACCAUGCGGGAACAUAUCGCGUCUCAUACACCGAACCGGGCACGCAAAAGAAGCAGAACUUUAUCGUCAAGCGCGCAUUUGAUGGCGAGGAUGAUGCGUUGCAGCUAGCCAAGGAGAGGCAUUAUCUCAAUGAACUUCGGUCUAAUAUACAUAUUGUCGACAUGGUCAAUUUCCCAAACAACCCCCUUCGCACCAGCCCCCAAAAGGCGGGAGGGACGAUGGAGCCUCCCGGGGCCCCGACGAAGAAUCCUCCCAGGACCCCGACAAGGCAUCCUCCCAAGACCCCGACGAGGGAUCCUCUUAGAACCCCGAUAAAUCAUCCCAUCAGAAAACCGACUAAACAUCCCCCAAGGACCCCCACGCUGAAUCCGCCUGGCUUCAACAAUGACGACGGUGAUGAUGGAAUAUGGAAUCAUGUCAUUUGCUUGGAGUGGCUUGACAACGGCACUCUGAGGAGUUUCAUCCUGAAGGCGAAAAGGCGAAGCGAGCCUCUUCCUAAUCGACUGCUGUGGCGGUUUCUUGGAUGUCUACUCCGGGCCGCUAUCGGAUUGGCAUGGCCGGUAACACCAGAACUGGGUGGUACUCCUCAACCGGAAACGCCGAGAUCAUCAUCCUCUCCGCGCAAACCGGCGAGGAAGCCUACCCUGCUUACUCAUAAUGAUCUUCACGAUGGCAACAUCAUGCUCGGUGAAGAAUUACCCGACAUAGAACAUGGGAUCACGCCCAUCCUGAAGUGGAUUGAUUUUGGCUUGGCUGGUGAGUUCGCUGGUGAUGGAAGAGACCCUUUGUAUGGAGUAAAGGGUAACCUCUACGAUGUAGGGCAGAUCAUGUGUGGGAUUAUUCUUCGAAAGCUGUGGGACGGCAAGACUUUGGAGGAGCCCGUCCAGGUCAAGGAACUGGGGGGCGCGAUAAUAUUUACCGAUGCCCCGAUAUGGCCAACUUUUGGUCAGACAGACGUAGUCGCGGACAAUUUCGACAAUGAUCUUCGAAGGGUCGUGAGCUGGAUCAUGGCAACUAAUAAAAACGAUCGACCUUCUAUAGAUAAUGCAUUCGAGGCUGUCAUGGAAGAAAUUGAACUAAGGGAUGCGAAAUACUACAAGGGCAGAGCCGAGGAAGAGGACUACAACAUUCGCAAAUUAUGGCGGCAGCUGGUUUUGGAACCAGAUAUUAUGCCUUCAAAUGAUGUCAUUAUGUUGUCUUCUUGA